AUGCAAUCACAAAUAGAGAAGAAGAAAAAGCAAUGUAUCAAUGAAGAUGUUGAAAAGGACGAUAUAAAUGAUGAAAUUCAAGAGGACGACAUAAAUGAUAAAAUUCAAGAGGACAACCUAAAUGAUAAAAUUCAAGAGGACGACGUAGAUGACGAAUUUCAAGAGGAUGACAUAGAUCUAGAUGAUGAAUUUCAAGAGGAGGAUAUAGAUGGUGAAUUUCAAGAGGACGACGUAGAUGAAGAAUUUAUGGAGGAUGACAUAUCUAACGAAUUUCAAGAGGACGAGUUCUGGCAACGUUUUUCAAUUGUUGCUGGAGAGCCUAAAUGUUGUAGUGAAUUCAAAGAAUACAAAGAAUGGAUAAAAAAAGAAGAUGUUGGUUCUGAAUGCACAACACCAAGCCUCCACUCCAACACCGACAUCAAAGAUGAAACAUUUGUUCUAUCUCGAUGCAAGCUUCUCAGCCGCACAACUCCCUCUUAUGCAUCAACCUUCACGCCACCACGAGCCACCGUCUUCGCCGCUGAUUCGUAG